CGAAGCGACCGCCAACCGCCCCUGUCUGUCUGUCGCCAGCACCGUCUUUCUUCUUUCCUCUUUCCUCUUUCCUCCCCCUCCACGCCUCAUCCCAUCUCUUCCCCCGUGGUUGGCACCUCGUCCAGCAUGGCGUCCGAGUUCAUUGACCCCCGAAUGACCUCCAUCAAGCCUCGUCUGAGGUACAACACCAUUGGCGGUAUUAACGGACCGCUAGUCGUCCUGGAUAACGUCAAAUUCCCCAGAUACAAUGAGAUCGUCUCCCUGUCUCUCCCCGACGGCACAGAACGAUCGGGCCAGGUCCUCGAAGCUCGAGGAAACAGAGCUGUGGUUCAGGUGUUCGAAGGCACUUCCGGUAUCGAUGUCAAGAAGACGAAAGUCGAGUUCACCGGCCACAGUCUGAAGCUCGGGGUAUCCGAGGAUAUGCUGGGUCGUGUCUUCGAUGGUUCCGGACGUGCGAUCGACAAGGGCCCCAAGGUGUUGGCGGAAGAUUAUCUGGAUAUCAACGGCCAGCCCAUCAACCCGUAUUCACGAGUCUACCCCGAGGAAAUGAUCUCCACCGGUAUCUCCGCGAUCGACACGAUGAACUCCAUUGCUCGAGGCCAGAAGAUCCCCAUCUUCUCUGCGGCCGGUCUGCCGCACAACGAGAUUGCCGCACAGAUCUGUCGGCAGGCAGGUUUGGUCAAGAAGCCUACCAAGGACGUGCACGACGGCCACGAGGAGAACUUCUCCAUCGUCUUCGCCGCCAUGGGUGUCAACAUGGAAACCGCCCGUUUCUUCACCCGUGACUUUGAGGAGAACGGCAGUAUGGAGCGUGUCACCUUGUUCCUCAACUUGGCCAACGAUCCUACGAUCGAGCGUAUUAUCACUCCUCGUCUCGCAUUGACCACGGCCGAGUACUACGCCUACCAACUGGAGAAGCACGUCCUGGUCAUCAUGACGGAUUUGUCGGCAUACUGUGACGCUCUGCGUGAGGUGUCGGCUGCCCGUGAAGAAGUGCCCGGUCGACGUGGUUAUCCCGGUUACAUGUACACUGACUUGUCCACUCUGUACGAACGUGCCGGACGAGUCGAGGGCCGCAACGGAUCCAUCACCCAGAUUCCCAUCCUGACCAUGCCUAAUGAUGAUAUCACCCACCCCAUCCCCGAUUUGACCGGGUACAUUACCGAGGGCCAGAUCUUCAUCGACCGCCAAUUGCACAACAAGGGCGUCUACCCGCCCAUCAACGUGCUGCCCUCGCUGUCGCGGUUGAUGAAGUCUGCUAUUGGCGAGGGCCGUUCUCGCAAGGACCACUCGGACGUGUCCAACCAGCUGUACGCGAAAUACGCCAUUGGUCGUGACGCUGCCGCCAUGAAAGCCGUGGUGGGCGAGGAAGCCCUCUCAAGCGAAGACAAGCUCUCGCUGGAGUUCCUCGACAAGUUCGAACGCACCUUCAUCAGCCAGUCGGCCUACGAGUCGCGCAGCAUCUUCGAGUCGCUCGAUAUCGCAUGGAACCUGCUCCGCAUCUACCCCAAGGAACUGCUCAACCGUAUCCCCAAGAAGGUGCUUGAUGAGUUCUACGCCCGCUCUGCGCGCAAGACCCUUCCCUCCAAGGAUACCCGGGACACCUCGGGCGAGCAGCAUCAGACCCAGGCGCAGCAGAGCGGUCAUCUUAUUGAAACCUAGUCAUUCCCUGUUUCUCUCUGUCUUUCUGUGGUUCACUGUGGUUCACUGUGGUUCUCUAGUAGAUGC